AUGACAAAGACAGCAAACAGUCAAGUCAGGCAGCAAAAGAAAUCCACACAGAAAAACAACUCGCCAGGGAAAGAAACCAACGGUUUGGCGGAGGAUGGAUUUCGGUUGUGUCGGGCAUUGACAGCCAAAAACAAACCAAUCAUGGGAGAGCCACCUCGACAAGUUUCCAGGGAAAUGGCUCCCUUGGAAAUAUUCUACCAAUGUGCAGGACCGGCAUAUGACCGUUUUGGAGAUGAAUUGCAUGCUCUGGUGAAAAGGACAGCAUCCAAACGAAAAACCCCGCCUCUUUGGGGUCGUCGACCUGAACCCAUUCCUCCUCAUGAAAAAACAACCACUACCGAAACACCACCCACAUUUGUCCUGUUUCUUGGAUCGGACCAUUUGCGACAAAUUGCGACAGCCUUCUUGUGUCAAUAUUCCGAUUUGGUCACAUCGGUGAGACAAAUAUACCAAUCCAAGAAUCGAGUGGUCCAGAGCCAUUAUUGGGAAAUCCUGUUGCAGUCCAAUGUGCAUGUGUUUGUCGUCAUCAAUCCAGCAUUGGUUUAUCAUGACAGCUGGCAAGAAUUAUUAGAAAAACACGUUCUCAACAUGCCUUUGUCCAAGAUGGAUAUUGUCAUCACUUCCAAGCUUCAUGGCUAUUCCCCGAAGCAGGGUGUAGCGUUUGAAGAAUUCUGGGUGGAUCAUCACGAGAAAGAUGCGCCUGUGCCGGACAUGGUCCAUCAGGAUCCCAUCAAAUAUAUGGAUUUAUUGGUAUCAACAUCCGAAGACACCAAAGGCAGUGUUGUAUACGAAGGACCCAUCAUCUAUGUCAGCUUGUUUGCACCCUAUGGGCAAUCUGACUAUGAUCGUGUUCUUCAGGUCAUUGCUGAUUUGAAGAAGGGAAAGCAAUUGCCUCCUGAACCUCGAGAUCCAAAGAAGAUGAACAAACUGGACCAUACAAAAAACCAGAAAGCACUACUACAACAAUCUACAGAGGGCAAGGGGAGUCAAACACGACGGUUGCAACAACAGCAACAGCCAAACAAGCUGGGAAAGCGCACCAACAUCAUGGCCAUUGAUGCCAGAAAACAUGUGGAUGCAAUAGGAGAAUGUGCCACCGUAACAGCUGAACAGGUUGGCAGUUGUAUUACGGACGCCAGGCAUGAUAUUUAUAAAAAAGGAACCCGGUGCUUUGGUGAGAAAGGUAGCCAUGCCGAUUUGAUAGCAUGGGAUGUCAUUGAAGCAAUCCACAAAUUGAUGCAAAGGCCAAGACCUGAAACUUGA